CAUUAUCCUACAGUCCCAGCAUUUCAAGUUUGUAUUUAUUUGAAUGGUCCUUCCUCACAUCUGAAUCCCACAGAAUUGUUUUCUUCCUGGUUUGCACGAACUCGCCGUUGGAUAUAUAACGUGCCCUAGGAUGCGUAGACAACUUUACAAAAUGUUAUGAUUCUCCUAUUAUGGCCACUGGAAGUCAUGUUGGAAGUAAUGCAGAAAUCCACAGGCUCAAACAGGCCCAGCCUCAUGAUUUUCUCAAACAUAUGGUUUAUUCUGGAGAUGAGAAGAAUAUGAAGGAGGUGGAUUAUUUACUUAAGGACGAAACAGAUCAAGAGAGAUUUCCAGUGGGCCGUUGUGUGCACAAAUACAGCAAAGUAAAACGAGUGGUGGUUAGCAAGAAGAAAACACGUCACUGCGGGGUGGGACCGGGAGCAUGUCGCAGAUCCCCCACGGCAAGCAGGACGUCUGACAUGGCAAACAAAGAAAAUGAACUGACCUGCUCUAGUGACGUGCAGGCUAUUCUUUACAGUGACAACUGUGGGUUUACUGUGAACUCAACAGAGACCUCAAAGAUGGCAGGAGCUGGCUCCAAGUACAGUGACUGUUUUACUGAGUUAUCGAAGGACCAUGAAGCAAUGACUCAUGUGCUCUUUGGAAGGAAUCUCAGGCUUAAUGUUGCUUUGACGCUUUGGCGAAAAAACGCAAGUGAACUAGUGGCAUACCUGAACAGAAUACAAGACACGGGUGUGCUUGUUGACUGUUUGCCCAUACUUACUAAAAGUCUUCAGGAAGAGAAGCCGUGCAUUUCUAUUGGCUGUUGUGUUGAUCUUUUACCACUAGUGAAAAUGAUUCUUAACUCUAAAUAUGAAGAACACCUCAUCGUAGCUUUACACUGGGUUCAAUCUGUCAUUAAAAAAUGGUGGUCUGAGCUCUCGGCAAACAACAAAAACAUGCACGAUGGCCGUUUAAGUGACAGGAAUGUUCAGGCAAUGAAGACAUUGCUGUUUGAACUGUGGGAGGGAAAGAGUCAGUUAAGCUCAGUACCAGGAACUGUAGGAGAAACGGCAAAGAUCAUAGAGUCUUUCCUGACACAAAUGCGCUGAUGUAUCAGCGUUGCACAUUAAGGAGAUAACCACUACAAACUCUUGCUGCAUUCUGCAACUCUUGGUGCAUUCUGUUAAGCUGUUCUGUUGAGCAGCUUGUCUAGUGGAUCUGAAACGCAAUUGGCUGUGUUGUAGGCCUAAAUUGGGGAUAGAUGAACUGAGCAAUUCAGACACUCCUGAUCUUAGCCCUGGAGGAGGAAGUCUUCCUGCAGACAUUGAAUCACUACUUCACAUUGAAGUGGACUCGUUAAGGAGCACAUAACUCCAUGAGACUCUGGAAUCAGGCAACUCACUGAAGUGCCAAGCAAAACUUUUAGCCGUUGCACUUGUGGUGUCAUGGUGUGGAUCUGCUUGUUGAUGUGAUUGUGCAUGUGUUCCUUUAUCAGAUGUUUUGUCAGUCGUGCACUCGAAUUGCAGGAGUUUUAAGUUAUUAGUAUUGUGAUGUCCAUUGCUUGAUCAUGAAUGCGAUGUUUGAGUGUAAUGUGUACAUAGUGACCUUACUUUUAAUCAACUUUCAAAUAAAUUUACAAAAUCUG